CAUACAGAAAGCGGCUUGGCCGUCUCUGUCUCUGCGCUUCUCGGAACGGAGAUUCCAGACGCGCAGCGCGGUGGCAGACAGGGCGCACAGAGCGUCUGUCCCUCAGAUUUUCAUCACACAGGAGAUCGUAUACUUUUUAUUCCGGGAGAAGCGGCAAGUUGUAUAUCCGUCACCGCAUCCCUCCGCAACUUGUCGAGGCAAAUACAUCUUUUCCGUCACACGAUAACAAAGAAGUUGGAGAGGAGCCAUAGAGCUCGAGAGAGACUAAUGUUGGAUGGCAAAGUAAAGACAACCUGAAGGACCUGAGAGCCAUCAUUCGCACAGAGUGGCAGCAAGGUCAUCUGGCUAAGGGAUGUGUUCCAUAGCCCAUAGAUGCCCUGUAGGAAUCCAAAAUUGCCUGUAGAUGUCCUGCAAGAAUUAUGACCUUAUGGUGAACCAUGCUCUCUGAGCUAAAGUCUUAACUCAUUAAGGUUUGUUCUUUUCCUGCCUUUGAUUCACUGAUGGAGUUGUCAUGAUGGCCAAAGAAAUACAGUAGGACCUUUGAAGAAUACACUUUCCAAACCACUGGAUUGUUCUGGAGGGAAAAGCCACCGAAGAUCAAACACAAUCACCAACAGUAAAAUCAGUUGGCCUUUUCUCAGUCCAAGGAUUCUGCUUUAGGAGGCAAAAAUAGUCAUGACUUUUUAAAGAAAUGGACUACAGAAGAGCUUUCUUUGCAAAAAAGUUAUAUAGAGUAAUUUUUGUACAGCUUUGUGUUAAACCACCUGAAACAUGCACCAACCACUGAAGUGACAUGGCUAUAAGUGAAAACGGAAGCACUGCAAGCAGUAAAAACGACAAAAUCAAGACUGGAUGGAAACCAUCACUCUUCAAGGCGUGUUCCUCAAUGCAAUUGUAUCCCUGUUUCCUUUUAGUUUCCCCACUGAUCAUUGAGCCAAUCUAGUAACAUCUGUUGUUGUUCAAAAUUUCAGCUUGAAAGACAUUUUCCAAAGUCUGUUUGUUUCACUACUUUAGGUCAUAAUUUAAAAAAAAUAUCAGAGUCUCUAUAAAGUGGGGCCGAUACUAUAAAAGAAUCAGAAUGACCGACCAUGUUACAGUACAAACAGGUACUCUGCAGGUGGUAGGAAUCCAAUAUGCUCCAUGACCUGCUCUGUAUUCAGCAGAUAACUUGAGAUGUAUUUGUGAUCCCAUGGAUUAACUUUCAAGUUCUCACAAAAAGACCUUUUAAGUUUGCCGUGGUGGAGUUUUAUUUGGUAUAAAACUACAACCGAAAAACUCUUCCUAUCUGCAUGUAUCUUUUAUAUUACAUGUAGACCCAGGUCGGAUAUCUUUCUCUUUUUUUUUUCUUUUCCUUUUUUUAAAAGAAUCAAAAUGGCUCCUUCUUGGACUUCAGGAGCUUGGACACUGUUGGCAGCAUUGGGGCUUCUAAACAGCUGUAGUUUUGGCUGGUGUGAGGCCUCAAGGACUAGUGGUUCGACCUCAGGAGGGAGUAGACAGGAGGAAGGACCUUCGUCACUUGAACGAGUUAAGAGAGGAUGGGUGUGGAACCAGUUUUUUGUGGUGGAGGAGUACACAGGCACAGAGCCGCUAUACGUAGGAAAGAUCCAUACAGACUCUGACGAAGGUGAGGGCAACAUCAAGUACACUAUCUCUGGAGAAGGGGCGGGCUCCAUCUUCAUCAUUGAUGAGCUAACAGGAGACAUCCAUGCCACAGAGAGACUGGACCGAGAAGAGAAGGCCUUUUACACACUUCGGGCUCAGGCCCGGGAUCGGCUCUCCAACGACCCUCUGGAACCAGAGUCAGAAUUUGUCAUCAAGGUCCAGGAUAUCAACGACAGUGAGCCCAAGUUCUUGGAGGGUCCCUAUAUCGGCAGCGUGGCAGAGCUGUCACCCAUAGGAACAUCCGUUAUGAAGGUUACUGCAUCAGAUGCUGACGACCCUACAUACGGCAGCAGUGCCAGAGUGGUGUAUAGUGUACUGGAUGGAGAAAAGUUUUUCACUGUUGACAGACACACAGGGAUCAUCAUGACAGCAGUGGCAGAUUUGGACCGUGAGACGCAGGAUCGUUACGAGUUGGUCGUCAAGGCAACAGACAUGGCAGGACAAAUGGGCGGUCUCUCUGGCUCCACCACGGUGACCAUAGUGAUCACAGAUGUUAAUGACAACCCACCGCGCUUCCCACAGAAGAUGUACCAGUUUUCGGUGUCAGAAGGGGUGGCCGUGGGGACACCAGUUGGACGGGUCAUUGCCACAGAUGCAGACAUGGGAGAGAACACAGACAUGAGUUAUCUGAUCAUAGAUGAAGGGGAGCACUUCAAGGUCACUACCGAUGUUGAGACACAGGAAGCUGUUGUCUCCAUCAAGAAGUCGCUGGACUUCGAGAGCAAACGCACACACAGUGUUGUGGUGGAGGCAGUAAAUAAGCAUGCUGACCCUCGUUUCGUGGGCCUGGGUUCCUUCCGAGACCAGACCAUUGUCCAGGUCAGCGUGUCGGACAUGGAUGAGCCACCCAUCUUUCAACCAGCAGAAGGCGCUAUCAUGGAAGUGCAGGAGGAUGCCAAAGUAGGAGCGUUGGUUGGCAUUGUUACAGCCAGGGAUCCAGAUGUGAAGAAUAAACCUGUCAGGUUCUCCAUCGAUCGGACCACAGACCAGGAGAUGAUCUUCCAUAUCGAUCCUGAUUCGGGUGCCAUCACACUGGGCAAGAUAUUGGACCGAGAAACUGCAGGCUGGCACAAUAUCACUGUGAAGGCUGUAGAAGCAGAUAACCACACCAUGGCGUCCCACUCAGCAGUGAGUAUUCGGAUUCUGGAUGUAAAUGACAAUCCUCCUGAACUGGCCACACCAUACGAAGCCUCUAUAUGUGAAGAUGCCAAACCAGGCCAGCUAAUUCACACCAUCAGUGUGGUGGAUAGAGAUGAGCCACAAUCUGGACAUCACUUCCACUUCACCCUGGCCCCUGAAGCCUCCAGCAAUCGACACUUUAUCCUGUGUGAUGUCAAAGACAACACAGCUGGCAUCCGAACCCAGCGGUCAGGCUUUAACCGCCAUGAGCAGAAUGUGUACUUCCUGCCUAUUCUGGUGGGUGACAGCGGGACUCCCUCCCUUAGCUCCACAGGCACCCUGACCAUUCAUGUCUGUGGCUGCGACACAGAGGGAGCCAUCCAGUCCUGCAAUGCCACAGCCUAUGUAAUGAGUGCUGCUCUCAGCCCUGGGGCACUUAUAGCACUACUGGUCUGCAUGCUCAUCCUCAUAGUCCUUGUCUUGCUGAUCCUGACCCUGAAACGCCACAGGAAGGGACAGAGGAUGGCGGAGGAUGAGGAGGAUAUGAGGGAUAACGUCAUAAAGUACAAUGACGAGGGUGGAGGGGAGCAGGACACUCAGGCAUAUGACAUGAGCGCCCUGAGAAACCUCUAUGACUUCCCAGAGGCCAAGAGCUGUGACUCUGGCCCGGACAUCCGCUCACUGCCACAGUGGUUACAGGCUAACCGGGUGGGUGGUGGUGCAGAGGGAGCUGCAGCAGCAGUGGCAGACUUCUCCCUAUUCAAAGGCUACAUCCGAAAGAAGGUGGAACAGGCUGAUGCUGACCUGUCGGUGCCGCCAUAUGACUCCUUCCAGACAUAUGCCUUUGAGGGCACCAGUUCACCAGCUCUUUCACUCAGCUCCAUCCACACGCUGUCCACCACCUCGGAGCAGGAUUUCUCCUAUCUCAGCGACUGGGGACCACGUUUCAGGCAACUGGCGGGCUACUAUGCUCCAGGAAACCUUGAGGAGGAAGGGUCCUAGCACAGCUUCUCCUCUGCAGAGAGACGUUUAAACUCCCUCUUCUUCCUGCUUCUUCUUCUCUGCCUCCUCUUCUCAUCCUCUGGCACUCUACUGAGAUCAUUAGAGCCAGCACUCUGUACUCCUUAAAGACAGAGCAACACGUCUUUAUCUCCUUGAAAGAAAAAUCACAGUGUCGAACUUUGAACUCAAGUUUUUGACACUCUUUUUGUGAGAGUUUUCGGACUUCAGCAUGGAAGCUCUGGUGAUGACAUGAGGUAGAGUAAAGAAAGAAAUAUUCAGUCACCACAUUUGCAAUUUAGUCUGAAGGGGAGAUUUUCUCUCUCCCAAAUCAUAAAUGAGAACCUUUAUUUUAAGCUAUGAGAGCUAUGAGUUCAGAGUAUCAACAUUAUCAAUGUAGGUAAACCAUGCCAAGGUAAACUAUCUGAUAAACAUGUAUUUAUUUAACCAGGAAAUAUUUAUGUAUUUAUUUGUUUUUAUGUAGUUAUUUAUUUAUUUAUUUACACCAUGAUCUCUAUGGUAACUGCAACAGUGAACUCUGCUGAAGUGCUAAAGAAAAAGUAAGGGGAGGAGGACAUUAUGAAAGGAAUGAGAGACAACAUGGAAGAGAGAAAGAAAGAAGGACUGCAGUGGCAGAGGAGACAUCUGGGUCAUAUAAAAAUUACAUUCUGGAAAAUAUUUGUAUUUAUUUUCUAUGACCACUUUUGUAAAAUAACCAACUUAAGACGGAUAAAAAAAUAGCAGAGGCAAAAAGAAAGAGAACAGAUGGAGUGAAAGAACUGCAGAAAAGAAAAGAGCUGCCAGUUCAGUCUGAACGGUUGAGACUGACAAAUGUUUGCUGUAUUUUAGUGAUUUAUAAAGGAGUUUUUGGAGGUCACAAAAUGAGGACAAUUGUGUGUUAACAAUUUCUUUUCAUAUCCACAGCCAAUUGUAAGGCAAUAAGGCACAAACCGCAACAGUGAUUUCAGACUAAACAAAAUGACUGUUUCAUGGAAUUGGCUGGUGGCCAGUUUUGUCCCACAGGGAGCCAAUUUUCAUUCCAGAUUUGUGUGUGAAUGUGUACAAUAUGUUCAAUUCAUUUUAUAUCCUGAGACGUUUGAUUUUGUUUUUGAUAUUCUAUUUCCUUUGGGGAAGAGAGGGGAAACUAGAGACAAAAGGACGAUUGUGUCGAAUUAAGAGGGACACAAUCUGAUAUCCUGAUAUCCACAACCUAUUCAAUGUUGACCUUAACUUGCAAAUGUAUGGAAAAUUUAAAAAAAGAUGAAAACAAAUAAAUAUUUAAUUUUUUUGGUAAAAACCUA